AUGGGCAGACUAGUUGGAUUAGAGCUUUAUAAUUUUAAGUCGUACAAGGGCAAAUGUAGUAUUGGCUUUGGCUCGUCUUUCUUCACUUCAAUAAUUGGUCCCAAUGGAGCAGGUAAAUCCAACAUGAUGGACGCGAUAUCAUUCGUCUUGGGUGUAAAAUCAUCUCAUUUAAGGUCACAGAACUUGAAGGAUUUGAUCUAUCGUGGAAGGAAGGUCACCGAGGCUUCAGGUGGUACUAGUCAAACAGCUCAAGAUCCAGUUAAGGCGCAUGUUAUGUUGACAUACGAAAAAGACAACGGAGAACUUUUAGAACUUAAAAGAACAAUCUCUAAUAGUGGAGGCAGUGAAUAUAAGAUAAAUGAUAAAUCGAUUACGUCGUUACACUAUUCAAAGAUACUUAAGUCUGAAAAUAUUUUGAUCAAAGCUAGAAACUUUUUGGUGUUUCAGGGUGACGUUGAACAUAUCGCGUCGCAAUCUCCAAAGGACUUGACGAAAUUAAUUGAAACUGUUUCAGGCUCUUGUGAGUAUGCUCAAGAGUACGAGGCAUUGAAAGAAGAAUAUGAAAAGGCCCAUGAGUAUACUAUCUCUAUGUUUUCAAGAAAAAGGAUCUUAAAUUCUGAGUCAAAGCAAUAUAAGGAGCAACUAGUAGAACAAAAAGAGUUCGAGGAAUUGUUAACAAGAAGAUCAGAACUUAUUAAAUCUCUUAAUCUCUACAAGAUAUUUCAUAACGAAAAAAAACACCAAUCACUCAUCGAACAAUUACGCGACAAAGAAGCUGAAAUAAAGAACAUGCAAAAUGUACUAAGUGAAAAAGAAAUGAUUCAUAGUAAGUUGAUGGCAGAGUAUUCCAGAAAAAUUUUAGCCAUUGGAAAAGAGAAACAGGAGAUAGGGAACCUCGCAAAGGAGGUCGAUUCAGCGAAAAGAGAUUUGGUGCCUCUUGAAGCUAAUAAAAAAAUCAUUAUUUCUAAGAUUUCGUCAACCAAAAGAAAAAUCGAGCAGCUCAAGCUGGAAAUAUCUAAGCAGGAAAAAAUUGUUAAAGGAAUAGAAAAAGAGUUAAAUGUAGCACAGUCUAUGUUCCAGGAAUUUAAAGAUAAGUUCUCUUCUAACAAUUCAUCACCGUUAUCUAUUGAAGCCCAGAAUGAGUAUGAAGAAUUGAGAGAUCUCUAUAUGUCAAGUGAAGGUUCUCAUCUCGAAGAAGAGAUUGCACUUCUAGUCAAUGAGAAGGGAUCAAUGAUUUCUACGAUUAACAGUUACAGAAAUCAAAAUUCUAACACUUUAAGUCGAAUAUCUGAUCUUGAGGCAGAGGUUAAUACAGAACUUAAGUUAAAAAAAAGCGACAUUGAAACUUCGAUCAUGGAUAUAUUAGCUCUCAAGCUGGAAAGAGUUGAGGCACGUAGUAAUUUAAUCAAAGCUAAAGAAGAAAUUAACUUUAAAGAGAUGCAACUAAAUACUCAGUUGCGCAAUACCUUGGUCUCAUUGGACGAGCUUUCAUCUCAGCAAAGAGAGUCGAACAAACAACGGAAACUAAGAGAGAAUAUAUCCAUGCUCAGAAAAUUAUUUCCCGCUAAUUCGAUAAAGGGACUUGUUUAUGAAUUAGUUCGACCCAAGAAAUUGAAAUAUGAGACGGCUCUCCUGACAGUCUUAGGGAAGAAUUACGAUGCAAUUAUAGUGGAGACAACUUCAGUAGCAUACAAAUGCAUUGAGAUCUUGAAAGAAAGAAGAUCUGGUGUUGCAACAUUCAUUCCCUUGGACUCAAUUGUUGGAGAAUCUCUCAACUUAAACUAUUUACGCUCUAUCCAUGAGCUGACUCAGCCGGCAAUAGACAUAUUAGAAUAUGAUGAUAAGUCUUUAGAACAGGCAAUUCAGUAUGUGGUUGGAGAUUCACUAGUCACUGAAAAUAUUGAUGUCGCAAGGCAUUUGAAGUGGGACUCGAAUCAAAAAUUAAGCAAUAAGAUAGUUACUUUUGAUGGUAAUAUAAUCCAUAGGUCUGGCUUAAUGACUGGUGGUCAACAACAUGAGAAACCUAACGGAGUAUUUUCCUGGGAUAAAAACGAGUUAAAGAAACAACUUGAGCUCAAGGAAGACUUACUACUAAAGAUUGCAAACUUGAAUGAGAAAAAGCCGAAGGAAAUGGAGAUAAGCUUUCUUUCAGACGAAAUAAAUGAAUUAGAGGCUAAGUUGCCAAGUCUUAGAAGUACCCAAGCACAGAUUAUUAGAACCAUAAGUGACCGUGAAAAGGAAAUCGCUUUCCAAAGAUCCACGCUAAGUGAUAUCGAUAAAAAGAUUCGAGACAAACAAGAGUUUUUGAAUGCAACUGAAAUGAAUAUCAAAAAUUUAGAAGCCAAAAUUAGAGCCACCAAGAAAGGUAUUUACGAAGAUUUUUGUGCUAAGUAUGGGUUCCAAAAUGGAAUUGAAGAUUACGAGGACAUGCAUGGAGAAAGCUUAAGGUUUAGAUCUAAAGAACUUUCCCAGUAUUCUAAAGCAAUUUCUAUGUUAGAAAAUAAAUUGAGAUUUGAGAAGGAAAGACUUGAUUCGUCCAGAAAUGAAAAGCUUGAACUGUUAUUGGAAUCCUACGAAGAACAAUUAGUAGAGUUGGAUUACGAUAGAAAUAAUCUCUUGUCAAAGGUGGAUGCUCUUGGGGCCAGCUUGGAAAUUUCGCAGGAGGAGCUCAAGCGGUCUGAGGAGAAUAUUGCUGAGCAACUAAGGGUAACAAAAUCAAUGGAAGCAGAAAAGUCGGAUGCAACAGAAGAAUUGAAGGAGUUAAAUAAAUCUUUGACUCGUUCUGAAGAAGCAUUACUAAAGAUAGAUGCUGAAAGAGCCAGUUUACUCAAGUUUUGUAAAAUUCAAAAUGUCGAGAUUCCAUUGAUAGAUGGUUUCUUGGAUUCUGUAUCUCUCGGAGAUCAUUCAGAUAAAAUUGGCAGCGAAGUUUAUCGUAUUCAGAUCGACUAUGGCAUGAUGGACGAUAAAUUAAAGGAAAGCUUUAGCCUGAGAACUGAAGCUGAAUUGGAAGCAGAGAUACAAACGACUGCGGACCAGCUAGAGAAAUUAACACCAAAUGCAAAGGCCACAGUGAGAUUGAAAGAAGCGGAAGUAAGACUAAAGCAGUUUGAUAGAGAUCACACCAGGGCUCGACAAACAGAACGUAAAGUAUCUGACAAGUAUCAGGGAGUAAGGUCAAAGAGAAUAGCUCUAUUUAUGGAAGCAUUUAAUCACAUUUCGGGAAAGAUUGAUUCUAUAUAUAAAGAGUUGACGAAGGCGACCUCAACUCCGUUAGGCGGAUCCGCUUAUCUUACCUUAGAAGAUGAAGACUCGCCUUAUAGCUCUGGGAUUAAAUAUCAUGCCAUGCCUCCUAUGAAGCGCUUUAGAGAUAUGGAUCUUUUGUCGGGCGGAGAAAAGACUGUCGCAGCGCUAGCUUUAUUAUUCGCAAUCCAUUCUUUUCGGCCAUCGCCUUUUUUUGUAUUGGAUGAGGUCGAUGCAGCUUUGGAUAAUUCCAAUGUAGCAAAAAUUGCUAAUUACAUUAAAAAGAACGCCGGAGCGAACUUUCAAUUUAUUGUCAUUUCGUUAAAAAAUUCUUUAUUCGAAAAAUCGGAUGCUCUCGUCGGUAUUUAUAGAGAACAAAGAGAGAAUAGUUCGAGAACUGUGACUCUUGACUUGAGGGAUUAUUCGGACGAAGACGUCAGUAUGAAAAGCCCAAUAACUGCUCGCUGA